ACAAAAACCAAUUUCAUUUCUCAUUUAACUUUAGCUUAGCUUAGGCUAUGUAUUUUUUGUUUUGAAUUUAAAAAAUGGCUGUAAUUAUUUUUAAAAUUUUAACUUUAACAACUAUUUUUGCUCUAAACACUGUAAAAAGCGAUAAUACUAUUGUUGCUCUGAAAAAAAUACUUAAAGAACUGAACGAUCCAGUUGAAGACAACAGUGAUGCGAAUCCCAAACAAUACUACCAUCCACGUCAUCACAAACACGGCAAAUCCAAACACAACAGUUCGCCAAAUCUAAUGAAUGUUCAGACGAUGAACUUGAUUUUAAAACCAAAUAAGAGACAGCGCGACGAAAUUGAGGUAAAUAGACUGCUUCGUACUAAUUCUGAGGAGUCAUGCGAGGCUGGUGAUGAAAGAUGCGGUUGUACUGGAUCUAGGUGCGGUAGUAACCGAGUAGACCAGUUAGCUGAUGAAGUAGACAGAUUCGUAAACGUAAUCAACGAUCAACUGAGUAAUGAUGAUGAGGAAAACGAUCGAAACAGAGCCGUUGUAGAUGAUGAGUUAGGUGACAGAUAUAGAGAAAAUGAAAGAGACAGAAGUAUGUUCAGGUAUGUAGACAAUCAAGGAAGGGACAGAGAUGUUAGUAGAAAAGAAAGGGUAGAUAGAGAAUAUGAUGACAUCAAAAUAAAAUAUGAUAGAAACGAUGAUGAUUCUGAUGAUUUCGAGAGAGAUAGAUAUCUAGACGAAAGGGAAAACAGGUAUAACAAUGAAGAUUUCCUGAAAAGUAAACGGAUCAAAGUAAACGAUAACCUCGACGUUGUUAUACUCGACAAAUCCGAUUUAGAUGCUCUUCUCGGAAAUCAAGAUUUCGUUGAUAUCACUAGAAACAGACACAUGGACGAUGAAGAUAACGAAAUAUUUCAGAGAAUUGUUGCGCAAUAUAAAAAGUUUCUCAACUCUGAAAAACACAAACUAAUCGAACACGGUAGGUCUGCUGUUAUUACACCUGAAAACUUUUUUGAGCUUUACGAAUCUGUUAAACACCAAGUCACAAGAAAACUAAAAAAUUACGUGAAAGAUAAAAAACUGUUCACGUCAUUGAACAUGAAAUAUCUUACACCAAACCAAAAGAACAAACUAAGAAGUCUUAAAAUGAAAUACAGACGUGGAGAGAUGGAAGAUGCCACCGUAGACGAUGAAAUCGUUAAAAUUAUAUUCGGCAAUGAGAGUAAAAUGAAAAUCGUUGCGCACGCUGAAGACAACAACCAUAUUUUCAUCCCAAAGUGGUUAUACGAAAAAGUUCUCAGCUCCAAGAAAACCUUGAACGAGGCCUUAAGAGCUCAUAAGCGUACUCGUAUUUUACCUAUGACAUCCCAACAAAAGGAGAAAUUGUUCCAUAAAGGAACAAAUAAUGUAGUAAAACCUAUAGGAAAAUUGGUUUGGCGUAAAAAGUUAAGCCAGGAUAUUGAGAGAUACGGUAUACCUUUUGAACUUGAAGCUCACGGCUUAGGUCAAAUUGCUCCAUGA